UUAUGACGGAAUAUGGUACAACGCAUCCAUAAAGGUGCAAAAGUUACUCUUGCUUCUAAUCGCGAGAAGUCAGAAAGCCUCCCGGAUAACAAUCGCAAAAUUAUAUGUCAUCAAUCUGGAAGGUUUCAGCAAGGUAAUGAGAACAUCGGUUUCCUAUUGCACGGUAAUGAUCUCGCUGCGCGAACCAUCGAGGAGUGCAUAAAAAGUUCGGUGAAAUUUCCCAUUCGC